AUGGAUAUCAUUGAUUUCAACAAACCAAAUUCUGUUAAGAAGGUCAAAGUUGGUAAUUGUAUUUAAUUAUUGAGAUAGUUAAAAAGAUUGUAACAUAAGCACCUAUAAUUAAUAAAUAAUAAUAGAAUAAAGAAUUUUAUAAUAAAGCUUUAGAGAAAAUUAUUGAAUUAUUAAAAGAAAAUAAUCCUUCUUUAGCCACUCAAAAUAAUAUUUAAUUAGAGAAACCAUAGAUUGAUAGAUUAGGAACAAAGAAAACUUUAUGGAAAAAUUUUGAAGCUAUUUGUAUAUAAAUGAAUAGAGAAGCAUAACAUGUUAGUUAAUAUUUGUUAAUUGAGAUGGGUACCGAAGGGUAUUCAAUAAAAAAUUAUAUUAGAUCAUUAGCAGAUGAAAAAUUGAUAAUAAAAGGUAGGUACACAAGUACUUAAAUUGAAACAUUAAUAAAAAAAUAUUUGUGUAUUUAUUAGUUUAAAAUCUAUAGAGGAAUAUGUUUUAUGCUCAUUAUGUAUGAGUUCAGCAACUACAUUAAUAAGAGAUGUUGAAUCUAGACUAUACAGUAAAGAAUGUAAAAAUUGUAAGGCUACAAAAACAGUUGCAACACUCAAGAUUUCAAAUAAGAAAUAAAAAUGA